AUGGCACGUCAAUCAAUCAAUAUUCCUGUAUUGGUGAUAUCAAUAGUAUACUUGCUAAGUAUAGUCGUAGGAGUUUCUAAAGCACAAGCUAUUGAACCAUCACAAUUGACUUCAUUAAUAUGGUUGGCUAAACAAUACAAGGUGAACAAUUGGAACUUGGCUGCAACUGAAUGUGCCUCCUUUGCCACCACCUCUGUCAACACUCUAAAGUGUGACGGAUCGGAUAUUAUAACAAUAACUAUUACAUCUACAGGAACAAAUAAUGGAUCCCCAGGUGGCAUACCAUAUCUUUAUUUCCCUAGAUUAGAUGAACUAUCAAUCACUCUUGACAAGGGAGUUGUUGCCAACCAAACAGCCAAUUUGAUUGAUCUUUUGGACAACAUCAACAAUGUUAAUAUGUACACUCUUGGUCUUGAUGGGCUUUCUCUCCGAUUCCAAACAGAUUUUCCAAAGUUCCUUAGACCUUUGGGUAGAUUUGAACUGUACAAUAUCAAGAUGAUGUCAGACUUGUUAAUGUUUCCAAAUGCAACAUAUGUUACACUGAGGAAUUUAACAUUUGUAAACAUUAGUCACUCUGUUAUAUUCCAAUCCACUAAGAACUACAGCACUGAGUUUAUGUAUAUGGAAUACCCAUCAAAUACUCCAUUCUCACAGUUCAACAUUACUUCAACAAUAUUCCCCAAACUUGAGUACCUUGAGUUAACUAGCCUGGAUGCAUCUGCAAGACCAAACAAAAUCAAUAUUAUCCAGGCACCACUGCUAGGUGAUAUGACUUUGGUUGGAUUCAUAAUCUCACCAACCAAUCUGGCACAUUUGACUAGUCUAUCAAGUUUCUUUGGAAGUUUCAUUAAUCUUAUUACCGACCUCCCUCCUCUAGGCUACCUUGCAAUUAAUAAUGGAUUCCUUACCAAGUUCCCUUCAACCAAAUGGAUGAAGCCUUAUGGAGAAAUCCAUAUUGAGACAAACAAUAUAUCUGGUAUACUUCCAGACUACACAUCUCUACAUCCAAGAGUACUUCAUAUACAAGAGAAUCCUUUUAUCACGGGUCCAUUGCCUGAGGCUGCUUGUGAGAUCUAUGAAGUCAAGUUUCAAGGUACUGAUAUCACCUACAUCCCACAAUGCUUCUAUUGCUACUUCUACUAUGUUGGCGAUGUAUCCAACAACCUUCCAGCACCAAUGAAUUUCAAAUGCAACUACACUUUGGACAAGUUAUUCUAUAUAAGGUUCCCCGGAGAGAACAUUACAAUUACAGGCACCAACCUUGGUUAUGGUGAUAAGUCAGAGAGUGCACCGAGUAACUUCUUUAUGGACAUCCCAAACACUCGUUUCCAUUAUGUCCCAUCGAAGCCAAACGGUGAGGACACUUUGAUAGAAUUGAUAAGAUUGUGGAUGCAAGUUAUAGAUUUGGAACAUUACAUGUUGAAUCAUUUGGAGACUACUCAAUUGGUACUGGAUUGGAUGAUGUACUAG